AUGCCGACCAAAUUCUUGGCCCGGCUCAAGGCCGUGGAUUUCUACAAAAAGCUGCCCAGCGACCUGAGCGAGGCGACGUUGGCGGGCGCCUGGAUCUCCAUAGGGGCGGCGAUCGUCAUAUCUGUGCUGCUGGGACUGGAAUUCUUCAAUUUCAUGCAAGUGCAGACUCAGACGGAGCUCGUCGUUGAUCGGUCCCGACAGGGUGAACUGCUCCGAAUCAACUUCAACAUCAGCUUUCCGGCCCUCUCCUGCGAGUUUGCAACACUGGAUGUGAGCGAUGCCCUGGGGACGAAAAAAAUAAAUUUGACAAAAACACUGCGGAAGACACCACUCGACUUUGACGGCAACUGGGCAGGACUGGCUGAGCAUGACAGGCAGCUGCCAGAGCCGAAAUACGAUGACGAAAUGCCCGAGCUGGAUGAUGUUGAUAUUUCACUUCCCUUGACAGAGCAAACAUUCGAAUGGACACUGCAGAGGUACCCGAUAGUCUUUGUGAACUUCUAUGCACCAUGGUGUCCAUGGUGUCAAAGAAUGGAGCCAUCGUGGGAGGCUGCAACAAAGCAGAUACAUGACAAAUAUCCAGAAUCGGAUGGCCGAAUUCGGAUGGCAAAGGUCGAUUGCACCGCCCAGAAUCCGCUCUGCAUGAAGCAUGGUAUCACUGGAUUCCCAUCGAUGAGAGUAUACAGGAAAGGUCAUGACGAAAUAUACACUCAUGGGUUAAAGGACCAUGAGGCCUACACUGGCCAUCGCACUGUGCAAGCAUUUGUGGCCUUUGUCGAGUCACUUGUCCCUUCUGCUGGUAAACCCCACACGAGGCAUGCGAAUCUCAAAAAGGUGUCCAAGCAUGCAGGGUGCAAUCUGGCAGGUUUCGUGCUUGUGAAGAAGGUGCCAGGUACCCUUCAUUUCCUGGCCAAGUCUUCUGGCCACCACUCGUUUGACAAUGAGCAGAUGAACAUGACUCACCACAUUCACCAUUUCUACUUCGGUUCAAGACCAUCUCCAUACCGGUACAAGUUCCUCCAAAAGCUGCAUCCGCUGGGACUUCAGAAAGACUGGGCAGACAAGUUGCAGGAUGACAAUUUUUUCUCUGUGAAUCCCCUCACGACACACGAACACGCCCUGCAGGCAGUACUGACCACCAUUGAGGCGGGGUCAGGGUCCACCUACACCAACUAUGAUGCUUACGAAUACACCGUCCACAGCCAUGCCUAUGUUGACGACACGGAUGCGAUACCGGCGUCCAAGUUCUCGUACAGCCUGUCGCCCAUACAGAUAGUCGUCAGGGAAACUCAGAAACACUGGUACAGGUUCCUCACGUCGACCUGUGCCAUCGUUGGAGGGGUGUUCACUGUGGCGGGCAUCCUUGAUUCAGUGGUGUACCAAGGGGUGCAGCUCGCAAAGAAGGCUGAGAUCGGGAAGCUGAGUUGA